AUGGCACGUCAGAACUUUGUUGGGCUUGUGGUAAGUCAGGGGAAGAUGCAAAAGACGGUUAAAGUUCGGGUGGAAAAUAAGGUUUUCAAUAAGAGGAUUAAUAAGGAGAUGUUUAAUAGGAAGGACUAUCUGGUACAUGAUGAGGGGGAGGUUUCUAGGGAGGGAGACUUAGUGCGUAUAGAGGCUACUCGACCUUUGUCCAAGAGGAAGUUUUUUUCUAUUGCAGAGAUCAUUAGGAACAAGGGACAGCAGUUUGCAGUAUUCCAGUCGCAAGCCAAGGUGAGUGUUGCGUCUGAGGAGGCAGAAAAGACGAAGGAGUUUUUGGACAGACGAGCAGCCAAGCAGGAGGAGGAUUCUGUUUUGUUGCAAGAUGUUUUGAAGUUGCAGGCUGCCUACGUGAACAGUGGGACGGAUAGUGCCGAGAUUGAGGAGAUUAAGAAGCGGCAUGGCAUCGGUGAGUUGACUGCGGACUCUGUCCGGCAGUUGCUGCAGCUUGAUAUAGAGUCGGUGCAUGCCAAAAUAAUGGCGGAUCGGGCGUGCAUUGAUAGUAUUACUUCCCGUGUGUCGGAUCUUCUUCAAGACGAUGCAGUGUCUAAUGAGUUUCUAUCUUCCAGAGGUGUUGAAAAUCCGUCUUCCUUGAAGAAGAACAUCAAGAAGAACCUGCUGAGAAAGCAUUUGAUGAAGGAACAGGGAAUCUUGUAA